AUGCAGAGAGGCCGGGAGCUGCCGGAAAGCCUGCGCCAAGGCCUCUUCGUCGCGGUAGCCUUGUCGGUGCUUCUUGUAGCUGUGGCUGCUCGCGCGGGGCCGCGAUCGCGACUUCGGGCGCUUGUCCCAGUGGCCUCACUGCUUUGGUUCCUGGUAGCUGUACUGGGCUGCUACUACCUACAUGCUCCGCUGCUGGCAAGCGGAGUCUAUGUGCCGGCCAUUUCUGAAAUGGGCAUCUCGAGCAGUGCGAGGCUUCUCUACCGCGUGGCUUUCGGGCUCUGUGGCUUCCUGCUGGCUGUGACGCUGCUGCAGAUGCACGACUUAAUGUCUAAGCAUCAUUCCGACAUUUCAGUCCAGGACUCGGGGCUCUUGUGGGGACUGCUGGCUUCCUUCGGCAUCACACUCCAAGGGGUCUGCACACUCCGAUUGGACUUCGGCAUGGAAACUGUCCUGCAUCUUUGUGGUGCCAUGGUGACCAUGUUCGGCACCUUCUCCCAUGCGGAGAGGUCGAACGGAUGGUUUAAGUCUUUGCCAGAUGGCUCCCCACUUCUUCGCCGGGGCUGGCGAGGCUUUGGGCUUUCCCUUCGGAAGGAUCAUUUUGAGGCCUUGGGCUCUGGCAGUUCUCCGCUCUUGGCCAUCUUCAUGGUUCCCCUUCUCCUGCAGGGGGGGAAGCGAUUGGGGCUCUUUGCAGAGCUGAAUGUCAUGGAGAAUUGCAUGGGAAUCAUGCUCGGGCCUCGGCCUACAUCUCGGUCACCAAGCGCCGCGAAACUUGCGUUGUAG